AUGGAGACUUACUACGGACACGUCCGCACACCGGCGGAUGCCAUCGUCCUCUUUGAGGCCUGUCGCAUUGGUCUUCUACCGCGAGUACAAAGACGCCUUUCUGAGAAAGAACGACAAUCAAUCAGAUCGGGGUCCGUAUUCGUCUGGGAUGAGCGGGAAGCCGGUAUGCGCCGAUGGACGGACGGAAAAUCAUGGAGCGCCAGUCGAGUGUCCGGCAGCUUCCUGACAUAUCGAGAGAUGGAAGGCAAGCGGGGUGGUGGCAGCGUCUCACAGGGCUCUAUGCCCAGAACGGGCAAGACCCCAGACAGCAGAGGAAGCGACGAGGAGCGGGGUGACGGCACAGAUGAGGGUCCUGAUGGUUAUCGGUAUAAGCCUGACGGAUUGAUGAAACAGUCCUUCAGUAUCACAACCUCCACUGGCCAACACCUUCAUCUGAUCAGCUAUUAUGCUCGCGCUCACUCAUCUGCUAUGUCUCUUCAACAACCCACUAUAGAUCCCGCACUGCGUCAUGUUCGACCCCAGAAGGGCUUAUAUCCGGAGUCAACGGUGAACGACCAGCAAAACCUUCCCGUGGUAACUCGUGGUCCCAUGCCUGGAGCGGCAUACCCCAUCACCCCUCACCCCAUCGGCCCAUACCCUCGCGCAUCACACGCGCCUUCAUAUCAGCAGCCCUCGUAUGCAUGGCCUCCCACACCUUUGGCCACACCGCCGACGGUGUCUGUUCAUUACGGCCCUGGGUACCCUCAACUUAUUCCCGGUCCCAAUGGCCCCUCACCGUAUGGCCACCCUCAACAUCAAAAUCCCCCUCACCUAUCCCACGGCCAUGCGCUUCCGCCACCUCCCCAUGGCGCCCCGCUUUACGACCGCCCACCUCACCACGAAUCAAUCCUUCCUCCUGGUCCCCCACCAGGCUAUCCUGGCCGAUCACCUCGCACCAUCCACGAGCCUCUUCAGCAGGGAAGCCCCCGAGGUUACGGACAGCCCAUGGCUGAUCCUCGCCUCUCUUCACCUCGCGUUGUUCCCGCACCUGGAGCUCCACAGCCCAACGGUAUCGCGCAAAGUCCACACAUGCUGAAACAACACCUCGGCCCCAUUAGCACUCCUCCCAAACCCGCUGAAUCAACCGGUGCUCCGGGUGGCGUUCCUGGAAUUGGUACCCUCAUGGCCAGUGCAUCACUGGCCCCGAUCUCAGCCGGUCCUUCCGCAGGUCCAGGUAGCCCCAACCUUGCUCGAUCCGGUGCGGUGGGCGAAGGUCCACGGGAUAUCCCCAACGAUAAGAUUGGAUUCGGAGGAGAAGACAUGAGGGCUUUGCGGCAGUUGGACCGAGUGUUCACUGCGUAA